UUGGAAUCCGGAGUUUUCAGACAAAGCGAACUAAGCUGGAUUCAGCCACCCGGCGCACUAACCGAGGAGAUUACCUAAUAGUUACACCAAAUCCCGCCUGAACAUCUCCGGCCAAACAACAAAUAUCAAUGACAACGUCGGGACAAAGACUCACCACUCUCCUCUCAAAGCCCUUCUCGGUGCCCAAUCUCUCUCCAUUACGCUCGCUCGAGCCUCUACUCCGUUUCCCAGUGCAAUUAGAAGCCACCUGCGCUUAGCCUGCCCCCUCCGCUGGUGGUCUUGCGUUCUCCGAAGUCCUCCGCCCCGUCUCCUCGAAUCCAUCCUUACCCGCCCGCCAUGUUUUACCGAACCGCCGCUGCUCGCUCUAUCCUGAGGGCAGCAACCAGCUCAAAUUCAUCUGUAACACGCUCGGCAUUGUCCAGCACCAUUUUCAAGGCCCAAUUGACUUCGUCUGUCCGCCAAGCCGCUGUCACUCGUUCGACAUCUCUCGCACUAGCCGCCCGCAAACCUACAACCACCGCUCUUACCCGAUAUGCCUCGACAGCUGCUGUCAAGACCAACGAGCCUACGCCAGCGCGGAAGGCUGAGGAAGAGGAGGAUAUUGAUAUGAUGGCUGGUGUAAAGAGCGAUAUGAAAAUUAUCCGUGAGACUUUCUCUCUCAAGGAAGUUCCCAAAGAAGCCUUGUACCUCGGAUUGGCCGGUGUCCUUCCUUACCUCGCGACUUCGCUUCAAACUGUUUACUUGUCCUGGGAAUUGAACAAUGCCAUCACCACUGGUACUGGCUACUACAUCACCGGCCAAACUGCGGAAAUGAUGAUGAGCAUUCUUGAGCCGGUUCAGGUUGGAUAUGGCGCAGUUAUCCUCUCUUUCCUCGGCGCCAUCCACUGGGGUCUGGAAUGGGCCGGCUACGGUGGAAAGGUUGGCUACCAACGAUAUGCUAUUGGUGUCGUCGCACCUGCCGUCGCCUGGCCCACCCUAUUCAUGCCUAUUGAAUACGCCCUGAUCUCUCAGUUCUGUGCCUUCACCUUCCUGUACUAUAACGACGCCCGCGCCGCGGUUAAGGGCUGGACGCCAUCCUGGUACCACAUGUACCGCUUCGUCCUGACCUUCGUUGUCGGUGCCAGCAUCGUUAUCAGUCUGAUCGGCCGUGAAGCCCUUGCCACCCACUAUGAGUCCCGGAACGAACUGACCAAGAAGUGGAAAGAGUUGGCGCGCCGGCAAAAGGAGACAGCGGCCGUCAAGGCAGCGGAGUCCACCGAAGAGCAAUAAAUAAUGCUCGCGGCGCAGGUGUUGCGUUUGUGCCAUAGGGUUUAAAGUAUCUAAUCGUUUCCACCCUCCCUACGGCACCCCAAAGUUACUCCCACCAUUUGUUUAGUCCUUUUGUAAAUUAAGAAAAAGCAGAAAACGAGAACCAAAAAUAUAUAUAUAUAUAUAUAUAUAUAUAUGUCCAACCACAAAGCAAGACGCUGCGAAUUUUUCAUUUGUAUAUACCUCACUAAUAAUGGUUACCCCAAUCCCAUUAUUUUACGUUUGGAAACACAUGGCUAUUGCUAUCAAUUCAUCCGUGAGGAGGCUAUGCGUCCCCCCCAUUCUUUUCCUUUGAAGUUGGGGGGGAGGGAAGAAAAGAGGUCCAGUUUUUUCGGCGAUUCUAUAUUGCCAGAAUAUGAGCACUUAACAGAAGCGCAGGACGUAGCCCCAGAAUUUAGACGUUUUAUUCGACAAGGAAAUAGGAAUAUCAACGUUCUCGCCGUUAUUUUAUGAUAUGUGCUUGAAUUAGGUUUAUAGCCUCGUAUAAAACCUGCUACUAAAGCUUGAAGUGAACGGGGGUAAAUGGCCCAUAAGAUGUUCCAACAGAUGAUGUAAAGUAUCUAGAGUAUGGGGCGCAGUAUGUCAAAAAAUUGAAGCUAAUCAUUCCGUGUCCCCUAGGAGUCGGUUUUGUCACUAUCCAAAGGAUCGGUUCAUCUUAAGAAGGCCGGCCCAACAAGUACGGUCAAGGCAACCUCAUUCCCCAUUAACCAUCGGCGGAUCACCUCGCAACGACGUCAGAAGUAUAAAUAAAUAAGAAACACGGAGAGAAGCCGCACUUUUUGCACAUCAUUACUAGUUACAGCUGAUCAGCCUUAGACGUCUAAUAUUGCUUGACAGCAUACCAUUUGGCCCCCUCACAUACCUCCAAACGCACAAGAGCUGAAACGAGCUAUGAUGAACGGCGAUUUCUCUUGUGCAGCAGCACAUAAAAGCAUGAGCUUCAGAACUCUUGAAUCUCUCAAGAGCUCCAGGUGCUUCUCAAAGUAAAUUUUUUACUUCAAAAGACGUUCAUUUUCACAGCGAUCCAAUCCAACGUGCUUUUCUGUUGCCGACCAACUGCACCAGACGUCCCUCCUUCCCCCCUCUGCAACAAAGAUCAUGCCACGAUCGAACUACGACAGGGCGUACAAGCACUUACACUUCAACUAUGUUCUGGGGAUUAUCACGAUCUUCACGGGCGUUUGUGGCUUUUGUUUGGUGACUUAUGCUAUAUCGCAGCAGGAGUGAGAUGGUAGCCUCCUGUUGGAAGUCUUUAUCUCAUUUGACCUAUGAUAUACCUACCUCCCCACUAACAACAAGGUGGGUGGGCAAAUCAUUUAGACAUGUAUACAUCGAUGGCGUGGGAGGAAUCGCGGCCAUUUUCUUCAUGGCACCAGUGAGUACUCUUGUGGACGAGAGAACGCAGUUCCAUCUAUGCAAAGUAUUGAUUUGCUGCGCGAUAAGAAAUCAGCAAUCAUCGGUCACCUUUUGCUUUUAUUCCCUUUGGCUGAUUCAACAAUGUUCGUUCGAUCAUGGGCUAAUUAAUAUUAACAAACACCAAAGCUCGCGCUUACCUUCGUUUGCCCUUCGUUUGCUCACUUGCCUAUGUAAUAGCUGUAUGGGUGAAGAAGUCAAGGGCGUCGAUGCACCCAGGCAUCCCCGUUGGAUUUGACCUGAUCACCGCGCUGUCCUUGGCUAGCUUGAGUGGAUUUGCAUGCGAUGUCAUGAUCACCUGGGGUCCCUGUGAUGUGAAAAAGAGCGAGGAAUGCGCCGUGACGAAAAGGAUAACAGCUACCGAGAGGACGGCGCAGGUUUUGACGUUUAUCGAUUUGCCAGUUUUCGCCCUUCAGAUAUGACAGUGUAUUCCACUUGAUCCUUCUCGUCUUCGUGUGCAUGGCGUGUCACAAGGAGAGGCGGUUUCAGAAAAGCGACAAGGCGAAUGCCUAUGUCAUUGAGCUGCAACAGACCGGACCUAGGGUCCCUAAGGUCUGAGAGAAUGAGAUACGACCGGUGUGCAAAACAUCCGCGCGAACUAGAUGAGUAUAACGGGCGAUGACAAUUAAUGUUAAUGUUUUCUUCCGCCGGGGUGUAUGCUAUGUCAGCCGGCGCAGAAGGAAGACAUCAAAGAUGGAUAAGGUGUGUCGCACUCGGGCGUUGUUUGAGAUGCCAAUGGAUGUUAACAUCGGCGAGCGAGGAUGGUCUUUAUCUUUUCUGCUGGCUAGGUGGAUACUGCCGCCAUAUAAUGUCUAAUUAAUAUUCCAGUAUAAUGUCUAAUAUUUAAUAAAUAGUCCAAACUAGCGAAAGCACAGCUUUUGUUAUCUAUAUCUCCUCCCCUGAAUAAUGUGGGGCGGAAGAUCGAAUUGACGGAUGCGAAAGGCCGAGCGAGCUAAUGAGAUGGGCCCAAGGCGAAGAGCUCAUAAGCCGGGAGAUCUUCUUUUCGUUCUUGGACCGUUUUAUAUGAAAUCCAUAUAUGCAUGAUAUCCAGUUGUCAAAGUGGUUUGCAGAGGAAUUAGAGUUAGGGUUGAUUACACGUCACUUUAUGUGCCAUCAAGACACUUUUCAAAGCUUGCGCGUUUGGAAUUCUCCUUAUAUUCUGAAAUAAGUUAUAGUGGACUAUUUAAAAUUCUGAAUGAAGUAUGAGAUAUGGUGAAUCGUCACAAGGACAGUGUGUUCUGUCCGCUGGCAUCCGUCCGAUUUGUGAAGCGGGUUUUACAGCGGUUAGGUCCCCGAACUUUGGCCAUGGCGAGAGAAGUGCGGAGGAGGGAAAAUAAUGGAUUACAAGAUAUGCAUAUGCAUCAAAUGUGCGGCUUUAAAAACCACAAUAUCGACUUAUAUAAAUCUGUUAGGAUAGCCGUAGAAACAUCG